GUUUACCGGUUCUUAUUCUGCCCGGUACCUGUGGUGGAGGCUAGGACGGAGGGAGAGAGGGAAUACUGAUAAUGGCUGCUCCGGGAAGCUGGAAACGAACCGCCGCCUGAGCGGCCCAACACACAAGAGUUUCCGAUGGUGAUCACUUCGUCAGUGGAGGAGAAGCCGCAGCCUUCUAACAGAAUGGUCGCAAACUUGCCGACCGAAUCCUGGAUCAACAACCCAGAGCAAAGUCGCUACUUACCAACUCAGUCACACCUACUCCGGAAACCGACAAAAAGUGGAAGCAGCUCAGGAUGCAAGCCCCCCUCCUCUACCCUCUGCCAGCCUGCCGCCUUGGGCUUCUCCCUCGCUGAGCCAACCAUGUCGAGCCAGCACAGCCACCCCUCCUUUAGCAACAUCCACUCCAUGGCUGAACAGCAGCAGGUGCUGUCUGAUGCGACCAUACUGCAGAGGAGGAUCCCCCCAAGUUUUCGAGAUCCCUCCAGCGCCCCGCUGAGAAAACUCUCUGUCGAUCUGAUCAAGACUUACAAGCACAUCAAUGAGGUGUACUACACGAAGAAGAAGCGGCGUGCCCAGCAGGUGCCCCCGGAGGACUCGAGCACUAAGAAGGAGCGGAAGGUGUACAACGACGGCUACGACGACGACAACUACGACUACAUCGUCAAGAACGGGGAGAAGUGGCUGGACCGCUACGAGAUAGACUCGCUCAUCGGCAAGGGUUCCUUCGGGCAGGUGGUGAAAGCGUAUGACCACCACGAGCAGGAGUGGGUGGCCAUCAAAAUCAUCAAGAACAAGAAAGCCUUCCUGAACCAGGCCCAGAUAGAGCUGCGACUGCUGGAGCUCAUGAACAAACACGACACUGAGAUGAAGUACUACAUAGUCCACCUGAAGAGGCACUUCAUGUUCCGGAACCACCUGUGCCUGGUGUUCGAGCUUCUCUCCUACAACCUGUACGACCUCCUGCGCAACACCAACUUCCGCGGCGUCUCUCUCAACCUGACCAGGAAGUUUGCCCAGCAGCUGUGCACGGCGCUGCUGUUCCUGGCCACGCCCGAGCUCAGCAUCAUCCACUGCGACCUCAAGCCCGAGAACAUCCUGCUGUGCAACCCCAAGCGCAGCGCCAUCAAGAUCGUGGACUUUGGCAGCUCAUGUCAACUAGGCCAGAGGAUCUACCAGUACAUCCAGAGUCGGUUCUACAGAUCUCCGGAGGUGUUGCUGGGCAUGCCCUACGACCUGGCCAUCGACAUGUGGUCCCUGGGCUGCAUCCUGGUGGAGAUGCACACGGGAGAACCCCUCUUCAGCGGCUCCAACGAGGUGGAUCAGAUGAAUAAGAUAGUGGAGGUGCUGGGGGUCCCUCCCAACCACAUGCUGGAUCAGGCUCCCAAAGCACGGAAGUACUUUGACAAGCUGUCUGACGGCCUGUGGACCGUCAAGAAGAACAAGGACAUAAAGAAGGUACUUUACCCCUCGGCCUCCGAGUACAAGCCUCCUGCGACGCGGCGGCUCCAUGAGAUCCUGGGGGUGGAGACCGGGGGUCCUGGCGGGAGGCGGGGCGGGGAGCAGGGGCACGCUCCCUGCGACUACCUGAAGUUCAAGGACCUGAUCCUGCGCAUGCUGGACUACGACCCCAAGACGCGCAUCACGCCCUUCUACGCGCUGCAGCACAACUUCUUCAAGAAGACGACGGACGAGGGCACCAACACCAGCAGCUCCACCUCCACCAGCCCGGCCAUGGACCACAGCCACUCCACCUCCACCACCAGCUCCGUCUCCAGCUCCGGUGGAUCUAGCGGUUCUUCCAAUGACAACCGGAAUUACCGGUACAGUAACCGGUACUACAACAGUGCAGUUACUCACUCAGACUACGAGAUGCAGAGUCCACAGGCUCCAUCUCAGCAGCAGCUGCGCCUCUGGCCGGGUGGAGAGGGGGGCAUGGGUCCCCUGUCCAACAGCGGCAGUAGCGUCGGCGACCCCCCAUACCCCCAGCUGCUGCUGCACAAGCCGGCGGCCACGCAGCACUCGCGCCACUUCCUGGGAGGUGGCGGCGUCGGGGGCAUGAUGGAACCGCACCACCCGCACCCCAUCUACGGCGGUCACCACGGCAACGGGCGGGGCAUGCGGCAGACUGGGCAGGGGAACCAGCCCCAGGGCCAGGCUUCACAGGCGCAGGGCCAGCCGCUGAUGCCCAUCUCCUCCCCACAGAUGCCGGACAGCAUCGAGCUCAGCCUCACACACCACCACCAUCUGGGUCAGUCUUCCAUCAUGCCGCCCCCAUCCAGCUUGGACUCCAGCCAGUACGGCUCCUCCAACCUCCACCUGGGCCUCUCUGCCUUUCGGACUAGGACGGUCACGGCCCCCCAGCCGCUCCCCGCCGGCUCCCAGCAACAGUUGGCCCAGCCCCCAGCCUCUCAGGACAGCUUGGUCGCUGCCUCCGGGCUUGGAUACAUCCCCCCAUGCUACCCGGGCAGUAACAACAAUAACAACCCUCCCCAGGGUAGCGUGGUCGGGGGUGGGAUGCUCACCGGGGGGCCCCCACCCAGGGGAGUAGGGGGCGGCGGGGGGAGGCCGGAUUCUGAUGAGUCCACCAUGAUGGGUGUGUGCGGCAGUGGAGGAGGCGGCGGUCAGAACGCGGCCAACUCUUGAUAAAUCUUGAACAAAUUCCAAAAGCCAUACAAUUUUAACAACGACAACAUUACAAUUUCAACACACAUAUACAUUACACACACUCGAGUUUGAAACAAAUAUGGCCACACAUACAGAGUUACAGAGACAAACCUGUGAAAUAUCAAAGGAAUUGAGUUUUGUUUUGCAUGGGAGAAGGUCGAGGGAGAGUAAGAGGGGAAGGCUUUGAAACUAUUUUUAUCCUUUUUUCACUUUGUUUUUCUUUUGUUGAAGGAAAGAAACAGGGCUCAGUAGUUGGAAUGGAAAGUUUCAGAUAAGUUUGUUUUUAUUGUUAUUAUUAUUAUUAUUAUUAUUAUUAUAUUAUUUGAUUUUAUGUGAUUUAAGGAAAGGUUUGCAGCGAGAUUUUUGUUGUUUGGGUUGUUUUUUGGAAUGAAGACCGCAAAGGUAGAUGAAUGGUUUGAAAAGUGGUAAUUGUUGGUUAAGAAGAGGGAGGCACGAGAGAGUACCCUUAUGCUAUUUUUCAAUCUUUUUUAUUUUAAUUUUGUUUGUUUAUUUUUUCUGAAGUCUAGGUUUAAUUGUACAUGUUUUAUUUAUUAAACAUCACUACAUGAGGAGGAGGGUAAGUGGGGAGAUCAGAAGAGCUUUAUUUAUUCACCCCUUUUAUUUAUACAGGUUUAGUUUUUUUUAUUUGCUGACCGACAGAAAACACUUGCGCAUACACAUAGAAACAAACAAACUGGAGUCUUUUAGUUUGUUUUUCAGUUCAGUAUAUCUCACCCCCGAAACACAUUUUUAUUUUUAAAUGUUUCCAUUCUUCUCUUGCUUGACACAAUGGCUUAUAUAUCUGAAACUAUGAAACAGAUCAUAGAAAUAAAAUGAAGCAAAUGACAAAACCCGUAGUCACCACACAGUGAGAAACUAUACGAUGAGGAGGCUGAAACAUUUGCCGAAGUGAGCCGCUUUCAAGAGGAGAGGGGGAACAAAACUUUACACAAAAGGAGGAAGUGAUUCAAGAAGAACGAAAAACAACAAAACAUUUUGCCACAAGGAAAACCAAAAUGCUUCCCUGUUGUUUGUUUAAAAAUAGUCUGCCUUCUACUUCACCAUCUAACCAGACUCUUUCACCCUCUUUCUCUCUCUUUCUCUGUCUUUUCUUACUCCAUUUUGUUUUGGACCGUAAACUACAGAAACGUAACACAUUUUGGGUUGGAUUAACUCUGGAUAUGCUAAGCCAAAUCUUGCUCACUCUCUCUGUCUCGAUCUCUCGCUCUCUUCUCCUCUCUGCCCCAUUUUUCUGUUGGAAGGAAGGGAGGGGGGAGGGGGGCAAUAUAUAGCAGGAGGGAGGAGUACUUACAUAUGAGGGGACACUUUCAUGCCCUCCUUACCCCUACAGCGCCCCCCUGACUGACUUCUCUGCCCCCUUUUCUUUCUCAUGUAUUUUUUUUCCCCCUCCCUCCUUCACGACACUCUGUGAGUGCUGUUUGCCAUCAAGUCAAAAAAGUGAACUACUUCUCUCUCGGCUGCUAUCUCCACUUUCAACCAUGUUCGGAUUGCUGCUAAAGAAAACAGACAGAGAUAAAUAAAUAAAAAUGAAACUUUUUAACCCUCCUGCUUCAGAAAAAAUGGAAAAAUAAACCACUGCAUCUCAUGUAUUUAUUACUAUUUAACAAGAAAAAGAAAAGGUAAAAAUUAACCUGUUUUCUUCUGUUUUUUGUUUGGUUGCCUUCUUCCUGCAGGUGAAAGUUGGGCAUUGACUAAAUGUAACAGUUAAAGGUGGUAUUAAAACACUGACUUAGUUUAAGUCAGCCACUGGGCGGGGCCUGAAUGGGGGAAACUGGGUAAGAAUAAAGGUGGAUAUAUAAGAAUAAAGAGUAUACUUUUGCACACAAAGGUCAAAUGCAAAUCACAGCUUUCUGCUUUUUUCAUCUUUCAGUCGACAGACCCUCAUCUUGAGCAAUGUGCAUACAGUAGUAGGCCUGCACAAAGACAAAGUGUUGAUGUGGCAAGCUAAUAACUAAGUGAUCACUGACAUGGCAUAAUAAAUCUGAGAUUUGCGUUUGACCUCAA